UAAAAAAAAUACUUUUCAGACUCGUCGUCAGUGACUGAACAAAACUGAUGUCAUUUACCAUGCACUCUUAUUUUGUUUUUCAAGAGUUACUUUCUUCAGAACUAGUUUUAAUACUUCCAGGUGUUUUUUAGUAAUGUAUCAGUAGGCUCCAGAUGUUUUAGAAGUUUGUACAAAUGAGCACAAUGUUGCUAAUGGUGAUAUCGUUGUAUCUGUCCUACGCAGAAGGAAUGAAGAAUGUGGACUUGUCCGAAGACCCGAGGUCACUGUCCCCUCUCGCUGUUCUUCCAACUGUAAAAUAUCAGAUUAUCAAUGCAGACCACCUCCUCCUCAGAGACAUCAGUCAGGACGCCAUGGACAACUCCAGCCUGAGGGCCCAAACCCAACCUUUCAUCCUCACCGGACUGAGUGGCCAGCCAGCCGUAAAUGUCAGCUAUGGUCCCAUAUCUUUGGAACAGUCUAUACCGCUGCAUAUGAUCUACACUGGCCCCAGGAUCCGACCAUUUAUACUGGCCCGUCAAGUACGAUCAUCCGCACCUACCUUAUACCUGCUGUUUUAUGCAACAGGCAGUAGGGGCGAUGUGAGGGAAAAUAUCCCAAAGCAGAAUGAAGGAGGGUGUAUUUGCGUUACGGCAUAUGCCUUCUGGGAAACCAGGGAGGUCAUGGGUAGCUGCUCCAUUCCUGCAGAUGGCGGUUUCUGCUUGGUGCACUUAAAGCCCGAGGCAGCUUGGUUCAGCCCUGGAGGUGGUAGAUCUAACUUGGAGCAAAGGGGAAAUGUUGCUGACCUUUACUACCAGUCCAGACCCAGCCCUAAUGGUCAGUGUGUCCCUCAAGACAGUAAGCUGAGGCACAGUGAACUGGGACGGCAGAUUUUGGGAUCCGCCAUGAAGAGGAUUGGGACUGUGAACCUUCUGCGUUCUCCUCCGGGAAAUCCCACAUUUAUGCGCUUGCGUCUUGGGGGUGCUGUCAUUAUUCAGACCUCAUCGAAGCCACUGAAGACCACAGACACAGCCACAUUUUACGUCUUUCUGUCAAGUACAUCACCGGUUGAACAUUUUGUACUCAGAGCAACAUCAAGAAAAGGCAUGUCAUUUAGCCGAGCGAGACCCAGUGACGCCAACCUGUGGGACAUCACUUUGGAACCAGGGAGAGGAAGCGAUUCCCAAACCAUUUCGGUGACCUGCCAGAAAAAAGGCACAUUAACUAGUAAAAGGCAAGUCGUCUGUCCUCAACUCUCAUCAUGCUUUGAAUCUACUGAACCACAUGCUCUUGUUGGCUCACAUUUCAAAGUCAUUUCAUUGUUAAAAAGCUUUUUGUGCCCUUGCACGUUGCCAGCUGUGGUCUGUUCCUCUGAAACUAAGAGUUUAGUGACAGAUUGCAAAAUAAUUUUUCGACGGGAAAAAACAACCUUCUAA